ACGAGAUUGCUAAUGUAUGAAAAAGGCCUCUACAGUAAUCGAGCUUGUGUAAUCGAGCGAAAGGCAUGGAACGCAGAAAUUCCAUUGAGAACUGACAAGACUGCAUUUGCCGAUGAUGCGCCGUAUAUGAUCAACACUCAAGCAUCGCUUGAUGAUUUAAAUACGAGGCUGGAAGAAAAAGUUGUGAUUGAGCAUUUUCGGCCUGUUAUUUUCGUCGAUAAAUGCGCUGCAUGGGACGAAGACAAAUGGUUAAGCGUUCACAUUGGUGAUGUUGCAUUGCAGUGCUUAAAACCGUGCCUUCGCACCCAAAAACAGUCAUUUGGUGGCAUCCAAUUGUUAUCUUCUCUGAUGAAAGUAAAUAUCACAAAACUCGCAAUUGAGCGAGAUUUAGCACUACUUUUUAUUACAAAGUGUAAAAAGCAGAAGAAAACAUUUGAGGAGUGA